UUUGUAGCUCAGGGUCCAAUUGUCACCGCUCACAACUCAUACAAGAAUUCUUUGAUGAGCUUGUCAACCUUGGUGUAUCUUACUCAGUAUUAUGACAUGUUAUCCUUUUUGACCUAUUUUCCUAAGCACGAUAUGAAGCGGUGAAGCACCAUCUAAGCCUGGUGACUGUCAGCUAUGAGUUGCGAAUGAGAUGAAUCUACGUACAUUCACGCAUUUCGUCCAACGGACAAGGGCAAGACCCAUUCUACGUUCGGUAUCAUAUAGCGCGGCACCCAAGACAUCCGACCCUUUGAGAAUAUUAUUCUGCGGCUCAGACGAGUUCAGUUGCUUCUCAUUGCAGGCUCUGCACGAGGAACACAAACAAAAUGCCAAUCUCAUCCGAUCCAUCGACGUGAUCGUCAGGCCUAGCAAGCCAACGGGGAGAGGAUACAAGGUUCUUAGCGAGGUUCCCCUACGGACACUUGCAGACAAGCUCAGCCUCCCGGUCCAUGUAAGAGACACGUUCACCGGUUGGGAUAUGCCCCAACCGGAUGGCCACCCCAUCAACCUGAUCAUUGCCGUCUCCUUCGGCCUCUUUGUCCCCCCUCGCCUCCUCAGCGCGGCCAAAUACGGGGGCCUCAACGUCCACCCCUCGCUUCUACCCGACCUCCGCGGCCCUGCUCCACUCCACCACGCUCUCCUAAACAGCUACACGCACACGGGGGUGACGAUCCAGACGCUCUCUCCGCAAAAUUUUGAUGCCGGCGCCAUCCUGCUCCAAACACCGCCGCCGGGGAUUCCCAUCCCCCCCUCCUGCACCGUCGCGCAGCUGCACGACAUGCUUGCGCCGCGCGGCGCCGCCAUGCUGGUCGACGCCCUCAGGAAGGGCCUGCACGUCCCUCCGCAUCCUCCCACUCUGAGCGGGCCUCUCCCGGAUGGUCAUGUUGGUGGCACUGCUGGGCGAGAGCUUGCGGAAGAAGAAAGGGGCGGGGAGACGAGGGUGCUGCGGCACGCGCCCAAGAUCACCCCUUGGGAUAGGCAGGUCCUUUGGAUUGGUGGCGGUGGUAGUGUGCGGGCAAGGAAUGUGGCGCUGCGCGGGAGGGUGCUAGGUCCGCUGUGGACACACAUCGUUUUGCGGUCCGGCUCUGGCCGGCGUCACUCGGAAUCGGAAGGGGGCGGGUCGGUGGAAGGGGAAAGGCUUGUGAAGCGGGCUAUUUUGGAGGAUUUGUCCGUGGUAGAGACACAGGGGGCGGCAGGGGAAAUGUUGACCAACGGUCGGUUACCACGAGGUACUGUAACGUGGGUACAAAAGUCUGGCAAGGAGGACGGGCAACGUGGAGACCAGGAAAUCAAGGCCGAGUACCAACUCGAUGGGACGGGGGUUGUGGUGCACUUGAGUGAUGGCUCACUGCUGAGGAUUGGGAAGAUUAAGGUCGAGGGGUCGACGUCUAAGCCUGCCAGGCACGUUCUGGAGAGUAUUGGCUCCAAGUAAGCCAAUAUCAGAGUACGGCGUGUAGGUUGUAGGAUAAGUGUAACAGAGCAAACCCACGUGUUUUGUCACAAAUAGGGGCUCUAUUGUUCACCUAC